AUGUUCCGGCCAGUCAUUCAACGACUUUUCAAAGGCAAGAUUACAAGUUUUAGCCAAAAAUAUCUACCACAAUAUCAGCAAAUUCUUAUAUCUCAAAUUUCAGCCCAAUUUUCCCCUCGUCUCUACUCAAGCGUGAUUAUAAAAGAAGGAGCAUCUCCCAUACUCUCAGAGGACGAAAUCUUCAAACGAUUUCAAAUCGAAGGAACGGACGAGGCGUCCACAAAAGAGUUGUCGGACAUCGUCAAAACUCGGGGAAUUCGGGCCGACGAUCCGAGAAUCACAACUUCCAAAAAAUUGUUGAGGAAAUUUGUGAAGAAACGGAACUUGGACAGCGAUGUCAGACAUUACAGACUCCCAAAGACAGAGUUUCUCGAGUAAGCGACAUUUUAUACGAUGAAAUGUGUUUUGGCGGAAACGGGAGAAAAAAAUGGGUUUUGGAUAUUUUUGAAUAUUAAAAUCGAUUAAUAAAGCCAAAUACGAUAUCUUAGAUGCGUUCGGCCUUGUUUGAGCCUAAUUAGUCAGGCUGUCCGGAACGAACUGAUCAUCCCAUCCUGGACUCCGUUCACUCAGAAGAUGACCAUGAUGUUUGAAGAGGUAAAUGAAUAUAAAUAAAAGCAUUUUCUCUAUGUUUCAGUGCCGUUCAAACAACGAUGGUUCCGUGGCCACAUAUAUUCCUCAAUUGGCCAGACAAAAUCCGGAAAGCUGGGGGAUGUCGGUCUGCACCGUGGAUGGCCAAAGAUUCGGAAUUGGCGAUUCCAGAGAGCCAUUUUGUUUCCAAUCAGUCUCCAAGGUAAGUCACAGCAUUAGUACUUUGCGUUUUCUGCCUUUUUGACGACUAUUUUUAAGUCCAACCACGAAAGUUUUCAAUGCCAAAAAGUUGGUGGCAUUCUGUUAUUUUUGCGAAAAAUUUUUUUUCAAAAGGAAAAACAAUUUUUUGAAGGGUUCCACACGUUUUUCUAGCCGUUUACGUAUGCUGUGGUCAGUACGGACAUUGGGUCGGACAAGGUUCAUCAAUAUAUUGGACAAGAACCCUCCGGUCGCUUGUUCAAUGACAUCUGUUUGGAUAACAACAUGAAGCCGCACAAUCCCAUGGUAAAUGCUGGAGCCAUCAUCUGCGCAUCUCUGAUCAAGACUGGCCAGUUUAUGUCCGAUAGAUAUGAUUUUGUGAGUUUUCUUUGUUAUACUUGCUCUCGUCUGAUGUUUAGGUAAAAAAUAAUUUUUUUAUUGGAUUCUAGAUCUACAAUGAGUACAAGAAGCUGGCUGGCGGCACUUACAUUGGAUUUGACAAUGCUACGUUCUUAUCUGAGCGCUCAACUGCCUCCAGGAACUUUGCUUUGGCAUUUUUUAUGAAGGAAAAUAAUUGCUUCCCUGAAGGCAUGAAGGUGAUGCGAGAUGAACUCGAUUUGUAUUUCCAAUUAUGCUCGUUGGAGACUGAUUGUGAGAGUGCGGCAGUUAUGGCGGCUACUUUGGCCAAUGGAGGCGAGUUUUUGAGAUUUUUUUUGUUGGUUUAGGUCAAGUGUAAUAUCCCACGAAAAAACUUGUUUUUUCAUUUGAAUAUAAUAAUUUUUUCCAUGAAUAACAUCGCUGAUGGUUUCAGGAGUCUGCCCAUUGACUGGAGAGAGUUGUGUGACCCAUCGAGCUUGUCGUGACGUCCUUUCUUUGAUGUAUUCGUGUGGAAUGUACGACUACAGUGGGCAGUUCGCCUUUUCCGUCGGUAUUCCGGCCAAAUCUGGGGUCUCUGGAGGACUGAUCUUGGUCAUUCCGAACGUGAUGGGCAUAUGUUUGUAUUCUCCGAAACUGGAUCGUUGUGGAAAUUCGGUGCGAGGGGUUGAGUUCGCCAAAAAGAUGGUGGAAUGUAUGGGAUUGCAUAACUACGAUUCGUUGUUACAUUCGGAUGAAAAGAAGUUGGAUCCAAGGAAGGAUUGGACAUUGAGAAAGGAUCUGUGGCCAGGAAUUGAGAAGAUAAAACCAAAGGGAAUCGGAAGAAGUAAGGGGUCUAGUGGAAUAUAAAAAUUAUCCAAGUUUGAUGACAUUUCCGAAAUUUGGAGACUUCCGGAAUGGCGGAAUAGUGACACAGGAACAGGGAAAAACAAAAAAGUAAAGGUUGGAAGCACCAUUUGAACCAUCUGGAUGGAUUAAAUUUUACCGUUAUUAAUUUCGAAAGUUCUGUAAAUUUUUUUUUGAUUUUUACUUUUUUGUUUAGAAGUACUGUUAGUUAGUACCAUUUUUAACCAAAAUCGAAAUUUUAAAAUGUCUUUAGGCAGUUUUAUGGUUACCAAUGUCAUCAAAAGCCCUUUAAUCAAGUACAGGGUCUUUCAAGAAAUGUGCAGGAAAGUAGGAGGCUAUAACUUUUGGCGGAGGCGGCGCAGAGAGCUCGUUUUUGGAAUAUGUAUUUUUAAGCAACAUUAUUUUUUGAAUACGAAAUAACAAGCUUUUAGAAUGCAAACUGAGGUUGCUACGACCUUCUGAAGUAGAGGCAUCUCUACCCCUAAAACCAGGUUUUUUCGGUUGAAAAUGAUCGUGAAAUUUCGGUCUUUUUCGGUUGAAAAUUACCAAGAAAUGUCGGAUUUUUUCGGGGGUGUCGAUAGAGUUGACGUUGAAAAAAGGGAAAGAUGUUGCCAACACGUUGGAAAUUAAGCAAAUAUUCGGCUAGCCUCAACUUGGGGCAGAUUUCGAGUUUAUUUUUCAGUAUCUUCCGCGAAGAAGCGUGACAUCAUUUAGGGAUUUGAGGAACCUGGAAUCGGCUAGCAAAAACUGGCUAGCCAAAGUGUCAGAAUAAAGAGUAGCCGAAUAUUUGCUUAAUUUCCAACGUGUUGGCAACAUCCUUCCCUUUUUUCAACGUCAACUCUAUCGAAACCCCCCAAAAAACCCGACAUUUCUCGGUGAUUUUCGACCGAAAAACUCUGAAAUUUCUCGAUCAUUUUCAACCGAAAACCCCUGGUUUUCGGGGUAAAAGACCCCUUUUUCAAAAGGUUGUAGCGACCUCAGUUUGCACUUAAAAAUCUUGUUAUUUCGUAGGCAAAAAAUAAUGUCACUGAAAAAUACAUAUUCCAAAAACGAACUCUCUGCGCCGCCUCUGCCGAAAGUUAUAGCCUCCUACUUUCCUGCACAUUUCUUGAAAGACCCUGUAUUUUUAGUAAAAAUUGUAAAAAAUACUAUACUACUUAAGGAAAAAAUUGUGUAAAAAUCAUAAAAAAUAACAAAAUUUAUGAAGUCAAUAACUGUAAAUCCAUCCAGACGGUUCAGCUGGUGCAGACAAGUUUUAUUUUUUUGUUUUUUCCGGAAGUGUCACUAUUCCGCCAUUUCGGAAGUGUUCCGACGCGCUACUCCCUAUGGACUUGCUUUAGGUUCGGCGCAUGAAAAACGACACGAAAGGCCCCCGAAGAACGUGAAGAAGUGA